AUGGCCACCCCUAGUGUCCUAGCCUUUGACGCCGAGGGUCGCGCCAUUGAUUUUGAGGUCUGGCUAGAUGACCUGCAGCUUUUCUUACAGUGCGACAGAGCUGACAGCCUUUCUCUCUUUGACCUCACCUCUGGCGCCUCUCCUGCUCCUGCUGCCGAUGCUGAUCCCACUGUCCGCUCUCAGUGGGCCACCCGCGAUGCUGCUGCACGUCUUGCUGUGCGUCGCCACCUCCCUACCUCUGAGCGUGCGCAUUUUAGUCAGUACAAGAGUGCUCAGACCUUGUACGACGCUGUAGUUGCACGCUACUCCUCUCCUGCCACUGCUGCACUGAGCCGUCUCAUGCUUCCCUACCUCUUUCCUGACCUCUCUGCCUUUCCCACUGUCACUGACCUCAUUACGCACCUCCGCACUAGUGACACUCGCUACCGCGCCGCCCUUCCUGCUGAGUUCUGCGCUAAGAACCCCCCCCCCAUGUACAUCACUCUCUACUACGUAGUCGCACGCCUCCCUGACUCCCUCCGCGUAGUCAGGGACCACUUUCUCGCAGUCUGUCCCACCACUCUCACCGUCGACCUCCUCGAGAAGGCCCUCCUCGCAGCGGAGAAGAGCAUAGUCGCUGUCGGUGCCUCUCGUGGUGACCCUCGCACCCCCAUCUUUGAGGGGUGCUCUCCUUCCCCCUUGCUGCCCUCUGUUGCCUCUGCUGCUGCGGCCGACCUGCUUGGUCUUGAGUCGGUCGGCGCGGCGUCUGCCCCUAGUGGGAGACGUCGCUCUGGCAAGGGCAAGGGGGGCAAGGGCGCGGGCGGAGCUGGAGGGGGCGGUGGCGGUGGCGGCGGGGGCGGCGGAGGGAGUGGGGGUGGCGGCGGGAGUAGUGGUAGUGGUGGUGGUGGUGGUGGCAGCAGCGGCGGAGACGGUGGUGGUGGUGGCACCGGUGGUGGUGGAGGCAGCAGCGGGAGUGGAGGCGGUGGAGGUGGAGGCGGUGGAGGUGGAGGCGGUGGAGGCGGCGGCGGAGGAGGCGGUGGUGGUGGAGGAGGUGGAGCUGGUCGUGGUGGUACCCAGCAGCGGAGCGGCGGUGGUGGUGGCCAGCGCUCGCAGCGGCAGCAGCAGCAGCGUUCGCGGGACAUCCCUCCGCCUCAGCAGCUUCGUGAGUGGUACACUGCGCGUCAGAGGGGUGGGGGUACUGGUCCCUGCGCCUACGUUCUUCGUUCCGGCGACCGCGCGGGUGAGCAGUGUGGGGGUGCCCACUCCACCCAGCGCUGCUUUGGCCACCUGACGGACGCUUGGCGUCAGAAGUUCCCCGGGGCUAGAGAGAUCCCUCGCAGGGAUGAGCUCCUUAGGGCUGGUGUAGCGAUCUUUGAUCUUGAUUUUGAUGCUAUCCUUUCUGCUAUGUAUGCUGUGACUUAUAGUGAGGAGAAUGAGGGGUACCGGUGUUUCCAGCCCGACCCGGGCAUUGGUACUACUGCCCUAGGUACUUGUGAGGCUGCUGCUCUAGGUGCCAGUGCGCCUGCGCUCUCAGGUACUAGUGAGACUGCGCUCUCAGGUGCUGGUGAGACUGCGCUCUCAGGUACUGCGUCGCCCUCGUCCUCCCUCACUUUCACACUUGACUCUGGGGCUUCUCGCUCCUUCUUUCGAGACCGCACUACCCUCACGCCACUUGGCCGACCGGUUGCGGUCUCCCUUGCUGACCCCUCUGGGGGUCCUGUCCUUUCUCACUUCUCCACUGUCCUCCCGUGUCCGGCUGCCCCUUCGGGCACCCUGUCUGGUCUGUACCUUCCCUCGUUCUCUACGAACUUGGUGAGUGGUGCGGACCUACAGGAUGCGGGGGUUCACCAGUUCACUCCUGCGAGGCGGCGGGUGACCCACUGCACGGACGCAGACACAGGCCGACACCUGGCCACCUUUUCGCGUCGGCCGGGGUCGAGUCUCUACACCCUGACCACUUCGUCUCCUCCUGUCCCUGUGUCUGGUCAGGUAGCUGCGUCAGGUCAGGUGUUUGCUGCUGCGUCCCGGUCAGGGCCUUCCUGUGUCCCCUGUGUCGAGGGUCGCCUCCGGGCUACUCCUCACUCUUCCCACUUCCCCCCGACAGAGGCUCCGCUGCAGACGCUUCACAUGGAUGUGUGGGGCCCGGCCCCCGUCCGUGGGCAGGGUUACGAGCGCUACUUCCUGUUGGUGGUUGACGACUACUCGCGUUACACCACAGUCCUCCCCUUGCGCAGCAAGGGUGCUGUCACUGAGGUGCUGAUCGACUGGAUCCGCGAGGCUCGUCUCCAGCUCAGGAAGAGCUUCGGCUCUGACUUUCCUGUUCUGCGUCUGCACUCGGACAGAGGCGGAGAGUUCUCCUCUCGCCUUCUGCGAGACUACUGUCGUGCACGGGGGAUCCGCCAGACCUUCACGCUUCCGGACUCACCACAGCAAAAUGGGAUUGCUGAGCGCCGCAUUGGCAUGGUCAUGGAUGUCGCUCGUACGUCCAUGAUGCAUGCGGCUGCCCCCCAUUUUCUGUGGCCGUUUGCGGUGAGGUACGCGGCCCAUCAGCUCAACCUUCACCCGCGGGUCUCUAGGCCUGCGAUGUCCCCAGCCUUGCUGUGGACGGGGAAGGUUGGCGAUGCGUCUGUGUUUCGUGUCUGGGGAUCUCGGGCGUUUGUCCGCGACUUGACUGCGGACAAGCUGUCCCCUCGUGCUGCUCCCUGUGUCUUCCUUGGCUUCCCCGCUGACGCCCCAGGGUGGCAGUUCUACCACCCCUCCUCUCGUCGUGUUCCGUCCUCACAGGACGUCACGUUCGACGAGUCGGUCCCCUUCUACCGUCUCUUCCCCUCCCGCACCCCUUCCCUCCCCCCUCCCUCGGACUUCCUUGUGCCGGUUCCCCCCCCGGUAGACCCCCUUCCCCCUCAGGUUCCUGCUCCCUCAGGUGUGUCCCAGGUAGACGCCGUUGACCCGGUCGAGGUUACUGGUGACUCUGGUGCUGCUGCGGGUGCUGAGCCUGGGGGUGCUGACUCUGGGGGUGCUGUCCGCGGGGGUGCUGAGCCUGGAGGAGCUGCUGCUGGGGGUCCUGAGCCUGGGGGUGCUAGUGCGGAGGGUGCGGAGCCUAGGAGUGCUGCGCCGGGGGGUGCUGUCACUGGAGGUGCUGGGUCUGGGGGUGCUGAGUCGGGAGCUGCUGAGCCUGGGGGUGCUGAGUUGGGAGCUGCUGCGCCUGGGGGUGCUGUGUCUGGAGCUGCUGAGCCUGGGGGUGCUGCGUCUGGAGCUACUGCGCCUGGGGUUUCUCCUGCUUCUCAGCCUCCCCGGGAGCCUCUCUCUCCACAGGAGCUGCGCGAGUGGUUCGCUCGUCGUUGGAGGCGUGCUGCUGAGUCUGGGGGUGCUGCUGGAGCUGGAGCUGGACCUUCUUCGACUGACGAGGGUGCUGGUGCUGCCGGUCCCGGAGCUGCUGGGCCUGCGGGUCCUCUUGGAGCUGGCGCUGCUGAGGGUGUUGGUGCUGAGACUGCUGCUGUUGGUCCUGCUGCUGGAGGAGUUGGUGGCCCUGGUGCUGUCGCUGAGGGUGCUGGAGCUGUCCCUGCUGCGCCUGGAGCUGCAGAGCGGCCUCGACCGUACUUCGUUCCGCUACUGCAGCAGGUUCUUGGUCUUUCUCCUCCGGUAGAGAGUCCACCGCGUGUCCAGUCGCAGUCCCUGCUGGAGCCUUCCUCUCCGCUACCUGCUCCCUCUCCUUACACUGGUCCUACUGGAGGUCUUGCUGAGCGUCGUGAGCCUGCGUCUUGUCCUGCGUCGCCUGUUCGUCCUGCUCGCGCUACUGGUCGCGGUUCGCGUCAGCGUCCUCCUCCUGUCCCUGGCACGCACCAGAUGUCUUUGCGUCCGUCCACUGCUCCUCUGCGUGCCCCUUUGCCUUCUCCUCCUGCGUCCUCUCUUCCUGCGCUUGCCGACCCUGCGUCGGACUCUCUGCGUGCUGCCAGUCCUACUGUCACGCGUUUCCUUGCUACUGUGGUCACUGACCCUUCUUUCGAGUCUUCUGCUGCGUCUGCCCUACUCACUGAGCUUGUCGACUUUGCUGCUCGCUGUCGCUUAGACUACGCUGCUAGUCUUGUUGCUGAGUCUGCGUCUGUCUGUCCUCCGUCCGUCGGGGGUGAGUGUGCUCUUGGCACGGACGUCCUAGAGGACAGGCAGGAGGAGUUACAGUGUCUAGCGGCUGCUUCACCUCAUCUCGCGUCUGUACUGCUUGCCCCUGAGGGAGACCCGGAUGCACUAGACAUCCCGACUCCGCGUUCUUACGCGGAGGCUGUAGAGGGUCCCUACUCCUCUCAGUGGCAGGCAGCUAUGGAUGCAGAGAUGGCUUCCUGGAAGUCCACAGGCACCUACGUUGACGCAGUUCCCCCUCCUGGGGCGAACAUCGUCAGUGGCAUGUGGAUCUUCAGGGUGAAGCGGCCGCCGGGCUCUCCGCCUGUCUUCAAGGCGCGUUACGUCGCUCGUGGCUUCAGUCAGCGGCAGGGAGUUGACUACUUUCAGACCUUCUCUCCCACCCCGAAGAUGACUACUCUUCGGGUACUGCUGCACGUUGCCGCUCAGCGCGACUACGAGCUUCACUCUCUCGACUUCAGCACUGCGUUCCUGCAGGGUAGCCUGCACGAGGAGAUCUGGCUGCGCCGUCCGCCUGGCUUCACUGGGACUUUCCCUCCUGGCACCCAGUGGAGCCUCCGACGGCCAGUCUACGGUCUCCGCCAGGCACCGCGUGAGUGGCACGACACACUGAGGACUACACUUGCGGCUCUUGGGUUUGCUCCUUCCACUGCUGACCCGUCGCUGUUUCUUCGCAGCGACACUUCCUUGCCGCCGUUCUACAUCCUCGUGUACGUCGACGACUUGGUCUUUGCCACAGCGGACACUGCUGGACUCGCCUACGUGAAGUCCGAGCUGCUGAAGAGACACACGUGCACAGACCUGGGUGAACUGCGCAGCUACCUUGGCUUGCAGAUCCCUCGGGACAGAGCACGCCGCACCAUUACCCUGACUCAGUCACACAUGGUGCAGCAGGUCCUUCAGCGCUUCGGCUUCACGUACUCCUCGCCUCAGGCCACUCCUCUGCCUACUCGCCACUCGCUCUCAGCUCUGCCUUCGGAUGAGUCCGUAGAGUCGAGUGGCCCGUAUGCAGAGCUUGUUGGCUGCCUCAUGUACCUGAUGACCUGCACACGACCUGACCUUGCAUACCCUCUGAGCAUCCUUGCACGCUAUGUUGCUCCUGGGAGACACCGACCUGAGCACAUGGCUGCAGCGAAGAGGGUAUUGCGCUACCUGUGCAGUACGUCGGGCAUGGGGCUAGUGCUUGGAGGGCGGAGUCCAGUGGUCCUUACGGGCCACGCGGACGCUUCUUGGGCUGACGACCAGGCUACCCAGCGGUCAUCACAGGGUUACACCUUCAGUCUUGGUUCCGGCUCUGUCUCGUGGCGGUCUACUCGCUCGUCUUCGGUUCUCGGCUCCAGUUGUGAGGCUGAGAUCUACGCCGGGGCCAUGGCUGCACAGGAGCUUCGCUGGCUCACCUACCUGCUGACUGACCUUGGAGAGCUGCCUCGUUCUCCUCCAGUGCUGUACGUAGACAACAAGGCCAUGUUGGCCUUGUGUCGAGAGCAGCGCUUGGAGCACAGAACGAAGCACAUUGCUCUCCGCUACUUCCUUGCUCGUGAGCUGCAGCAGCGUGGUCAGCUGCGACUUGCGUACGUGGCCUCUGAGGCCAACACUGCUGAUGUGUUCACCAAGGCACUCGCGCCUUGUGACCAUCAGCGCUUCUGUACCCAGCUGGGUCUUGUGCCUGUCUUGCCUCACUUGCUCUCUUCCUGA